AUGUUACGUUUUUCACUUAUUAUCCUUAUUUUAUUGUUUCUUUCUUGUUUUAAUUCUAUUUCUCAUAGCAAUGGUUUCAGUGUUGAACUGAUUCACCGAUAUUCUUCAAAAUCACCAUUCUUCAACCCCACAGAAACUAAACUCCAAAGAAUAUCCAAUGCUGUGCACAAUUCCAUCAAUCGUGCCUAUCACUUCGACAAAGCAUUUUCACUCACCGCAAACAGGCCUAUCUCAAAUGUAACCUCAAUUUUUGGCGAGUAUUUCAUGAGUUAUUCAGUUGGUACCCCGCCAAUUAAGAUAUAUGGCUUAAUGGAUACAGGUAGUAGUUUAGUUUGGCAACAAUGCAAGCCUUGCGAUGAUUGUUCCAAUCAAAUUUCUCCUAUAUUUGAUCCUUCAAAAUCUUCAAGCUAUAAAAACAUUAGUUGCUCUUCUAUGACAUGUAAAUCCAUGAAAGAUGCAAUUACUUCUUGUUCUCAUGAUCAAGAUGUUUGUCAAUAUUAUAUUGCAUAUGGUGCGUACAUGUCAAAAGGAGAUAUUAUUACGGAGACUUUAACAUUUGAUUCUACCUCCGGAUCUAGUACUGUCUCCUUUCCUAAAAUGUUAAUAGGAUGUGCACACACGAGUGUACUACCAUAUAAUGAUACAAUCAGUGGUCUAGUUGGCUUAGGAAAUGGACCGUCUUCAUUUAUAAGACAAUUAGGCCCUUUAAUUGAUGAAAAAUUUUCGUAUUGUUUGACUUCUUUUCUUAAUGAGCCCUGGCAGUUUAACACAUCUAGCAAACUUAACUUUGGAGAUGAUGCGGUUGUUUCCGGUGAAAAAGUUGUUUCAACUCCCUUAGUUAAACUUGAAGGUCUCGCGAAUGACUCUUACAUUGUAACAUUGGAAGCAUUUAGUGUGGGAAACAAAAGAAUAGAGUAUGAAGGGUCCAAUUCUACAAAGAACAUCAUACUUGACACAGGUACAACAUAUACUUUGUUGCCAAAACAUUUUCACACAAAUUUGGAAUCAGCUGUUGCAGAAAUGAUUAAACAAGAGCGUGUUGACGAUCCUAAUAAGUUAUUUACCCUUUGCUACAAUACCACAUUGAACCAACUAAAUUUUCCUGAAAUAAUAGUGCAUUUUAGUGGUGCAAAUAUUAAGUUAAAUUCUCAUAACACUUUUGCUCCAAUAGAUAAUGGGAUUAUGUGUUUUCCUUUUCUUCCGUUUGAAGAUCUUGUAAUAUUUGGGAACUUUGCACAACACAACUUGUUAGUUGGGUAUGACCUCAAAAAGGGUAUUGUCUCUUUUAAACCUACUGAUUGUUCAAAACAGUAA